AUGUGGAAUGAUUCUCUUUCAGAUGCCGAUCAGGAGCCAGGUGAGAUAGUACAGGAGCCCCACUGCAUGGAGCUGUUCAAGCUAGACUUCCAGAGUCGCCUGUGGUUCACGUACAGGCGGGGCUUCAUGCCCCUUUGUGACACCAAGUUCACCACAGACUGUGGAUGGGGAUGCAUGCUACGGAGCAGUCAGAUGAUGCUGGCGCAGGCUUUUGUUACUCACUUUUUAGGCAGAGAUUGGAGAGUUCAUCAUCAGACCAAGGAUCAGGAGACAUUCUAUCGCACAAUCAUCCAGUGGUUUGGGGAUUCCCCAAGCGACCAGUGUCCGUUCUCCAUUCAUCGUCUCGCAGAAAUCGGGAAAUCUUUUGGCAAGCAGCCUGGAGAGUGGUACGGGCCCUCGUCUGUGGCGUACAUUCUAAGGGAUGCCCUUCAUAAAGCCGCCAUGUCACAACCAGUUCUAAAACAAGUGUGCAUGUACGUCGCCCAGGACUGCACAGCUUGA